AUGAAUGCAGGGGCUUAUUCGAAGUACGUUGAUGAUUAUGAUGAUGAGCCGAGGCUGGUGAUCUCGGACGAUGUUUCGAGCAGCUCCUCUUCCUGCUCACCUGGUGUAGAAGCUCAGAAUGACCUCUCUGAAUGUGAUGAGAAAAUUGUCGAGACAGAUGAACAGAAUGUUUUGCCAGGCGGCGAUACUAAAAACAUUGUCAGUGAGAGCGAAAAAACGAGAGAAGAGAUACCGCAGUUACCUCAAACCAGCCAGGCAAAAGAAAAUUCCAACGCUUUUUGUUGGCCAGCAUAUCUGAAAGAAACAGGAGGUUAUGCAGCACCGGAUAGCUGUUUUUAUCAGGAUCCUGCACCACCAGAGAACAAAUUCAAAGUGGGAAUGAAAAUUCAAGCUCCAGAUCCAAGAGGCACAAUGGAAGAAAAUUAUUGCCGCCAUUUGAUUUCGCGUCAGCAUCACCCCGGAAAGAACGGCUUCGAAGUGGGCAUGAAAUUCGAAGCGGUUGACCGAAAAAACUUCAACAGUCGCCUAUGCCCGGCCACGAUUAUUGAUGUCAAAGGAGACUUUAUAACAAUCGGAUAUGAUGGUUGGAGCGAAGCGUACGAUUCAAAAGAGCGCUAUGACAGUCGUCAGAUAUUCCCAAUUGGAUGGGCCGCAAAAUGUGGCCUGGAAAUACAGCCUCCACGCCGUAUUAAAGCAUAUCUGAAAGAAACAGGAGGUUAUGCAGCACCGGAUAGCUGUUUUUAUCAGGAUCCUGCACCACCAGAGAACAAAUUCAAAGUGGGAAUGAAAAUUCAAGCUCCAGAUCCAAGAGGCACAAUGGAAGAAAAUUAUUGCCGCCAUUUGAUUUCGCGUCAGCAUCAUCCCGGAAAAAACGGAUUCGAAGUGGGCAUGAAAUUCGAAGCGGUUGACCGAAAAAACUUCAACAGUCGCCUAUGUCCGGCCACGAUUAUUGAUGUCAAAGGUGACUUUAUAACAAUCGGAUAUGAUGGUUGGAGCGAAGCGUACGAUUCAAAAGAGCGCUAUGACAGUCGUCAGAUAUUCCCAAUUGGAUGGGCCGCAAAAUGUGGCCUGGAAAUACAGCCUCCACGCCGUAUUAAAGUAAAAUCGAAAAAAUCGAGGAAGUCAAAUUCAUUAAGUCGCUCGGCGCAUAAAGCUCAAGCUCAAAGUCGGAAGCGCAAACGAACUUCAUCACAUCAUCGCCGUGGCACCAUAAAAAUUCACAGGAAAAAUCACUUGCUUGAAGUCAUCGACGAGGAAAAGUUCCUCAAAGGUCGUUGA